AUGCAGUCUGCGCGCUCUGUACUGUUGUCUGCUUUGCCCUUGUGGCUUUGCACCUUCCAAAGCAAUGCUGCCCUCAUACCACGUGCCAUCUCUGUAGAUCCGUCCUCAUCCUCUCCAAGUUCCGUGUACAACACACGCUUUCCAAACGUGACAUGGGACAAUGAGCAAUGGGACGUCCUCACCACCACUCUCGAUCAGGGCCAUUACCAAUCUCGACUAAGCAUUGCGAAUGGCUACUUGGGCAUUAACCUUGCUGCAGUAGGGCCAUUCUUCGAGCAAGACGUGCAAGUCGAUGGCGACAACGUCAAUGGUUGGCCACUGUUCGGCCAACGACAAACCUUUGCGACCAUCGCUGGCUUCUUCGAUGAGCAACCGGACACGAAUGGUACCAACUUUGAGUGGCUGAACCAGUACGGUGGAGAAAGCGUCAUAAGUGGUGUUCCCCAUUGGAGUGCCAUCAUCGUCGAUUUGGGAGCAGGAAUCUAUCUCGAUGCUACUGUCGAUAAUGCGACCAUCUCCAACUUUUCAUCCUCCUUGAACGCCAAAACGGGCAUCUCGAAAUGGUCCUACACAUGGUCACCUUCAGCGGCAAACGUUACCUUUGACAUCGCCUACACCGCAUUCGCGCACAAAUUGUACAUCAACCAGGCGUUCGUGCAACUGCAGAUACAGCCUUCUGAAGAUAUCAAUGUAUCCAUAGUCAACGUGCUCGACGGAACGAGCGCCGUUCGCACGGAUCCCAAAGGCUCUGGGCCUGAAGGCACGGCAAUUUACACGUCUGUGAGUCCAAAUAACGUGGCUAACGUGACCGCCUAUAUAUACGCAGAGAUGGAAGCUUCUGAAGAGGUGGAUGUCACGACUUUGGGCAUAGUCAAGGACAAAGCGUUCAUAGGGGCAAAUGAUUCUAGCAUUGCCCAAGGAGCAAUGGCAGCGCUCAAUUCAGGGAAGACAACGACCAUCACGAAAUAUGUGGGAGCUGCUACGUCCGACGCAUUUGUUGACCCACGAAAGACAGCGAAAGGGGAGUGCGCGCAGGCAAGAAUGAACGGGUUCGACGCUUCUAUGAAGAGUCACAUUAAUGAAUGGGCCGAGUCAUUCCCUCCAGACUCUGUUGACAACUAUACGAACCCUGAGGAUGGUACACUACCAGCCGAUCAAUACAUUAUUGAGUCUGCGAUUUUGGCUGUGCUGAAUCCGUAUUACCUGCUUCAAAACACAAUAUCUGCAAAUGCGCUCUCGAACGCUAGCUUUGCCCCAGUCGACGAAUGGAGUAUCAGCGUUGGAGGCUUGACUUCAGACUCCUACGGCGGUCUGGUAUUCUGGGAUGCGGAAGUCUGGAUGCAGCCGGGUCUUGUGGUGUCACAUCCUCAAGCGGCCAAGCAAAUAGCAAACUAUCGUGCCCAACGAUAUGGGCAAGCAAAAGCGAAUGCUCAGACCGCAGCGCAAUCUUCAAAAAAUACUACGACAUUCUCCGAAGACGCAGCAGUAUACUCCUGGACAAGCGGAAGAUAUGGCAAUUGCACCGGCACAGGACCCUGCUUUGACUACGAGUAUCAUAUCAACGGUGACAUUGCUCAAUCGUUCCAGAAUUACUGGGUUGCAUCUGGUGAUACUAUCUUCUUCAAUGAGACGCUCUUCCCGGUCUAUGACUCGAUCGCCCAGUUCUACUCCCAAGUCGUAACGAAGAAUGGCUCAUCCUAUACAUUGACAAACAUGACGGAUCCGGAUGAGUACGCCAAUGCGGUUGAUAAUGGAGGCUUCACAAUGCCUCUGAUAGCUAGCACCCUUACAAAUGCCAAUCUCUUCCGCCGGCUUUUCGGGCAGGAUACCAAUUCAACUUACGAUGACAUCGCCUCCAACAUCUUUAUCGACCGCAACGGAGAAGCCGGCAUCAUAAACGAGUACACAGGCAUGAAUGGCAGUAUAUCUGUCAAGCAAGCCGACGUCGUCCUUGACACGUUUCCUCUCAAUUACAAACAGAGUUACACCGCCGAAAACGCCCAGUCUGACCUGUCCUACUACGCAGGCAAGCAAUCUCUAGAAGGACCUGGCAUGACAUACGCAAUCUUCAGUAUUGUUGCCUCAGCUGUCGAUACCACUGGCUGCUCAGCCUAUACCUACCAACAAUACUCAUCCCAGCCCUAUGCGCGCGCCCCCUGGUUCCAAUUCUCCGAGCAACUGAUCGAUGACUUCACGACCAAUGGCGGCACCCACCCUGCCUACCCUUUCCUCACCGGCCACGGCGGCGCAAAUCAAGUUGCUAUCUUUGGCUAUCUUGGUCUCCGGCUCACGCCAGACUUCACGCUUCAUAUCGAUCCAUCUCUUCCACCACAGAUCCCAAAUCUCCGCUAUCGGACCUUCUAUUUCCACGGUCACCCGAUUGUCGCUGUUGCAAACCAAACGCAUACCACACUCUCUCGCCCCUCCUCCCCUAGCCCACUAUCAACAGCCAACUCAACAUUCCUGAAUAACUCCAUCCCAGUGAUGUCCGGAAACUGGGCCACCCCUAUUAUUGACUACUCCCUUGCUGUAGAUGGCACUCCAAUCUACAUAUCAAACCGUCAAGCUUCCAUGAACACCACCGUCGAGGGUAACAUCGCGCAAUGCGCCCCUGCCUCUUCGCUUGACGAUUUCCAACCCGGCCAAUUUCCCAUAUCUGCGACCGAUGGCGCUGGUAGCACGAAAUGGCAGCCCAACGCAGCCAACACCACACAAAGCCUCACCCUCAAUCUAGCCACCGUCCCAUUCCAAUUAGUCAAGGGCUUCGAAUUCGAUUGGGCCGCUAACCCCCCGACUUCCUUCAGCGUGAAUUUCCACAAUGAAUCCGACGCGGAUGGGACUGAGGUUUACUCUACGGAUAACGUGGAGGUGACGGUGCCGUUUAAUGCUGAGGAUGUGAAUGUUGUGCAGAAGUAUAAGAGCAACACUACGAGCGUUACGCUGGAUGAGGCGGUGUAUAGUGGGAAGUACGCGACGUUGAGAGUGCAGGGGAAUGCGGGGGAUGAUGCCACCAAUGCCACGGGGAGCUCCGUGGCUGAGUGGGCGAUAAUUAAAGCUUGA